AUGCCAGCGGAAGCUACCAAGACUUUCGACGAUUUUGUGAAAUGUGGAAGAUAUGUUCUGCUGGUUGGUGUGAUCCAUGAAUUUUGCGCCUUCAUUCAACUCUCUUCAAUGUUCUUCAUGAUGUUUGGAGGUAAUAGUUUAGCCGUAGCUUGCAAUCACAAAACAGUUGCCUACGUAGCGAGGGGAGUUACAAAUUUUUGAUUUUAGGAGCCGAAGCCACUCCGACUUCUUGUGGAGGGUUUGCGUUUGAUAAGAAUAUGACAUCCACGGAGAAAUGCAGAAUAAUGAGGGGCUUGAUGAAUGAAACCCAUUGUAAGCCCGUGUUAAGUGCACAAUUUGAUUCAAUUAAUUAUGAGGUGAGUGACUGAAAUACCAAGAAUUCUGUAACGUCGGGCUAAGCAACUAAAAACCGAAAAUUAACGCGCUCCGUGGCAAAAACUGCGCAAUUUCUUCCUUGAAAAUAUGGCUGAAAUCAACUUAAUAAAAAAAAAGUUUAACAUACGUAUAUACCGUCGGAAACACAAUGGAAGUCUUAUUUUCAGUUCGGCUACUACUGCGGUACGACAAAAAUUGUAAAGCAGAGCAUAGCAGUGCAAAUGAUUGGUGUGCUCGUUGGAGCCCUGACCUUUGGCCAGCUGAGCGACUUGUACGGAAGGAAAAAUGUAAGGCAUAAAAUCUAAUACGUCCAAAUGCUUCCAGUAAACGUUAAUAAAAAUUUUUUAGCUUCUGCUCUUUACCAUCGUUGGAUGCUUGACUUGCACUUUGGCCUCAUCUUUCACUGGCACCCUUUUCUCUUUCACGGUUUGGAGAUUCGUUCUAAACAUUUUUGUUGGCGGCAACGGAGCAAUUCUGCACACGUUCAUGAUCGAGUCGUUGCCGAAGAAGCACCGUUUCUGGAUAUCCAAUAUCGCGGGUUGGUCGAUAAACAUGAUCUUCAUGGUGCUCCUUGCCAUGGUGGCUCGGGAAUGGAGAGCGCUGAUUCAUUAUACCGCAGCCUUCAGCUUUCCAGCCCUUAUAUUAGCACUGUAGGUUUGCCGAGAUAUUUAUGAUAUACUGUAGCUUCUAUUUUUGUUAAGAAACCCACAGUAAACUGUUCUAGAAUGCUCCACGAAUCUCCGCGAUUUUUGUUGAGCAAACGCCGCAUCGAUGACGCCAAAGAAGUGGUGAAAAAGAUUUACAAAUUCGACAAACGCGAGUUGGACGAACAACAACUGGACAAGGUGAUGGAAGCCGAAUUAGUGAUUAUAGAAAGAAUGGAGGAAAAGCAGAAGAAUUACACUUUCUGGCAUCUGUUUUACACCCCGAAAUUAACCGGAUACACAUUGGCAGUGGGACUGACAUUGUAAGGGAGAAAAAAAGCUUUCUAAGACCUUUGAGAAAACGUUGCAUUACACGAUUAAAGCCUAAUUUUAUUCCGAUUUCAGAUUCACAGCUAGUUCAUUAAACUACUCAUUACUCUUUAAUAUCAGCCGGCUUUCUGGCAACAUUUACUUAAACGCAUUGUACACUGCGAUCGGAAGAUAUCUUGUAAACCUGUUUGCUAUCGCAUUGGACCUACGAUUUAAGAGUAUGGGAAGAAAAGCCCUUCAUGCCAUAGGCGAAGGCUUAAUCGUCAUGCUGUUCUGCUCAUAUAUAGCCGGAAGACUGGGCGGUAAGCAAAAAUUUUUACUCAACUUUAUAACUUCGCGCUGGCGUUUGAUCGGUUUGAUUCCAUCGAUGUUUCAGGUUUCCAAAGCCAUCAACUGCUCUCUUACGAAAUCAUGGGAGUCAUCUGCCUGUCCACGUUGCUAUUCGUCACGGGCCAUUUCCUCGCCGCCGAACUCUACCCCACUCAAAUACGGAACAUCUCAUUUUCGGCGGGCCAACUCUUCAGCCGUUGUGGAGUCAUCGUUUCUCCGUUAUUCUUCGUCUUGGCCGAAGUCCAUCCAAUAUUGCCGUACGUGGCACUGCUUUUACUGUGCGCCACCGACUUUGUCGUAUUUUGGGCGGUAAUGGAUGAGACGAAAGACAAGGAGCUGAUCGAUUUCAUGCCUCCGAAAGAAGAAAGUUGGAGCCACAGAUUAAAGAGGAGGAGUCGCCGAGUUCACGCGGGGAAUUAUGAGAAUGGCAACAAUAAAGUAUAA